AUGUCUUUGUCAACAACGUUCAAGCCCUCUCCCCUGGGUUACGGAUCGCCUCCCAGCGUUCGAAACUCUCCAUUCCGCCGGGCCGACCCGCCUGCAUCGCCUUCACCACUCCGACAAAUAACACCAACGAGCUCGCCUACUAAAGCCGCCCCGACGACGCCCAGCAGAACGUCGAGGCUCGCGAGACCAACGACACCGACAGCCACCAGCGACGUCCCCGAGACCCCAGAGCGAGAGAAGACACCAGGCAUGACUACUCCCACAAAGGUUUCACCACCUUCGUGGAAGCAUGGGUCAAAGUUAGCAGUGGGCGGCUCCCUUGGCGGCAGCAGUGCUCUCUCACAGCUUCAGCCUACUCAGGUCAGGACUCUGAGAGAUGGAUUUCAGAUUUUGGAUCGAGAUUGCGACGGCAUUGUCAAUAGAGAGGAUGUGGCCGACAUGCUUGGUCAACUUGGCCUCCCUUCAGGCUCCUCCGACAUAGGACGCUUCUUCCCGCCAUCAAAACCACAAACCAUGACGCUAGCCGCUUUCCUCAAUUCUCUGGCGGAAUCCCUGGCGGUGCUGUCACCAAGCACCGAGCUCUUAUCUGCGUUCUCGGCCUUUGACGAGGACGACAGCGGUCAGAUCGACUGGGCGGAGCUGAGGGAUGCUCUGCUCAACACACCGCCGGAAGCCGGGCAGUCGGCCCUCAGCGCUGCAGAAGUCGACAAGGUCGUCGAGGGGUUCACUGGUCGUCGAGCCUUCAACCGGAACAUGAACGCACACUUAUCGGCAAGAAGGGGCGAGGUGUUUAAAUACCAGGAGUUUGUCCACUCAAUCAUGGGCUCCAACGGCGGGUCCGAAGGAGGGUCUCACGAGAGGUCCGAGGAGUAG